GAUGAGUUCACGUGUGCAGUUUCCGGCGGCCGUGAAGGCAGCAUCACUUUCUCCAUCUGAUGACGUCAUCCCCUCCCCUGACCGCUGCCGGGAUCCGUCGGGCAACGCAGCAACUCAGCGACAACAUGAACAUAACACGACGAGUCCUGACCGGCUCUCAGUUCGCCCGUCACUCAGCCAGCCUCACCUGCAGGAGAAGGUUCAGCACUUCACAGCGUAUCAUGAUGUCGCGGCACACACACUCGAAAAGAAUCGAGGGGCUGGACAAGAAUGUGUGGGUGGCGUUUACGUCGGUGGCGGCGGACCCCUCCAUCGUAAACCUGGGCCAAGGUUUUCCAGACAUCCCUCCACCUGCUUACGUUAAAGAAGCUCUCGCAGAAGCUGCAUCGGUGGACAGGAUGAACCAGUACACCCGAGGCUUCGGUCAUCCGACUUUGGUGAAGGCUCUCUCUCAGGUUUACGGGAAGGUCUGCGGGCGCCAGAUUGAUCCCUUUAAAGAAAUCCUGGUCACGGUGGGAGGUUACGGUUCCUUAUUCAGCACCAUGCAGGGACUGGUGGAGGACGGGGACGAGGUCAUCAUCAUCGAACCUUUCUUCGAUUGUUACGUCCCGAUGGUGCGAAUGGCCGGAGCCAAACCUGUGCUGAUACCGUUACGCCUCAAGUCUGGAAAGAAGACAAUCACGAGUGCAGACUGGUAUCUGGACCCAGAUGAGCUUUCCAGUAAAUUCAACUCGAAGACAAAAGCCAUCAUCAUCAACACCCCCAACAAUCCUAUCGGGAAGGUUUUCACCCGAGCGGAGCUGCAGAUGAUCGCUGACCUCUGUAUCAAACACGACACUCUGUGCUUCAGCGACGAGGUUUACGAGUGGCUCGUCUACAGAGGACACCAACAUAUCAAAAUCGCCACUCUUCCUGGAAUGUGGGACAGAACAAUCACUAUCGGCAGCGCCGGGAAAACAUUCAGUGUCACCGGAUGGAAGCUUGGUUGGUCUAUAGGACCCGAACACUUGAUAAAGCAUCUUCAGACCGUCAUGCAGAACACUCUGUACACCUGCCCGACACCUUUACAGGAGGCUGUGGCUCAAGGUUUGUUGCAUAACUUUGCGAUGAUGGAUCAGCCCGAGUGCUACUUCUCCUCGCUGGCCGCAGAGCUCGAGGGGAAGAGGGACCGCCUGGCCGCCAUCCUGCAGGAGGCCGGAAUGACUCCCGUCAUCCCGGAGGGAGGCUACUUCAUGCUCGUGGAUGUGACGUCUCUCAAUCAGGACCUGUCACAUAUGGUUGAUGACGAAGCCUACGACUACAAGUUUGUCAAAUGGAUGAUUAAAGAAAAGAAACUGGCCGCUAUUCCAGUCACAGCGUUUGUCGGAGAGGAAUCCACGAAGCAGUUUGAGAAAUAUAUUCGCCUUUGCUUCAUAAAGCAAGACAGCACUCUGGAUGCAGCAGGAAGCAUCCUGAAGAACUGGAGGACGGUUUAAUGUGACAGAAACGUCACUGAGUGUUCAGGGAGGACGAACAGCUCCGAGCUCAAACGAGGGAACGGGAUUUCAGAAAUUGCACUCUGGAAACUGGAAAAAUGCAGUUAAUAGCAGAAUGCCGUUUCAUAUUUUGACCUGUGUCCUGUUUUUAACCUCGGUAAUGAGUAGUUUUUAUUAAUCCCUUAAAGUGUGAGCUGACAGGUGAGAGGUCAUUUCGAUCAAUUUACCCAAAGAUCCAGUGGAUCUGUACACCUUACUCAUUCCUAUUGUCAGACUGUGUAGACUGAUUCAGUAUUUUUUGAGUUAAUAUUUGCACAGGAGUUUAACAUUAACACACACCACAGAGAGGUAAGCAGAGGACUGUUUUGACUGAACCUUUCUGCCUUAACAGAGUCUUUAUUUUCCAAUUAAACUAAAAUCCAGACACAUUUUGGGUUCAAUUGUGUGUCAGAACUGGUUGUGGAAUUGCGACUUUUGAAAAUAAAGGUUUGAUAUUUUGUUUGUCAGCA